UUUUUCCUGAAACACUUUUUAAGCACAAUUUUCCAAACUGGGUGGAGGAUGCAGCACUGAAUUAAAAUUUCUGCUGGACCAAAAGAGCUUAUCGAGAAGAGACGUCACGAUCCGCUCCGCAGGCAAAUCGCGGUGGCACGCAGUCCCGGAGCUGCCUCGCGCGACACAGCGGCGCCUCCGCCCGGAAGCCGCCCAGCAAUCGCGGCUGCGGCCACCUGGGACCACGCGUGAGGGUAGAGGUGCCACCCCCAUCCAGUGUCCUGGGAAAGAGAGGGCACCGACUCUGGAGACCCUGAAACCUCAAACUUACUAGCUGAGCCAUUUGCUACCCCCUUCCGGGCUGUGAAUAUCCUUCAGCCACACAAGACCUUCUUGGGAAGAAAGACUUUUUUGCAAGAGUCUGGCUAAUUCAGCAUUUCCUCGUAAUGAAGGGAGGCUCGGAGGUGCUUGGAAGUACCUUUAGCUUCUGGGCCCCGGCCCGGCAGGCGCAGGCGGCGGGAGGACUCGGAGCUGGGGACGCUCAGCGCCAGCCGCACUUCCGGAUCCCGGAGAGCGGCGUCAGCGGAACAGGCGGCUCCCAGCGCGGCGUAAACAAGGGCCCUCCGCGGCGAGAAGCGAGCUGGAGGCGGGGCUGACGGGCUGGAGCUGGUAUCAGCCCGAGGCGGACCCCUGCCGCCCUGCUCGCGUCCCAGCGCCCUGGCCGCCCCCAGCCCGCAAGCCCUCCUCAGGCGGCGAGAGGCCGUCCUCGCAGAGACGGGCCGGGAGGACAGAAGCCCGGGCGGCGGGGCGCGGCCGUAACGCCGAGCCUUUCGCCGCCGCCGUGCGUCUCUUUCUUUUCCUUUGUCUUUUUCUCCUCCGCGGGUGCGGGGAUUCUGGUGAACCGAAGUGCAGCCUCAAGAUGGCCGAUGGCUACGAGGACCUGCGGGAGGACGAGCUCCCAGGGCCGGCCUACGAAGGCUACGAAUCCGCGGAGCUCGCCUGCCCCGCCGAGCGCAGCGGCCACGUAGCCGUCAGCGACGGGCGCCACAUGUUCGUCUGGGGCGGUUACAAGAGUAAUCAAGUCAGAGGAUUAUAUGACUUCUAUCUGCCUAGAGAAGAACUCUGGAUCUACAACAUGGAGACUGGAAGAUGGAAAAAAAUUAACACUGAGGGUGAUGUUCCUCCUUCUAUGUCAGGAAGCUGUGCCGUGUGUGUGGACAGGGUGCUGUACUUGUUUGGAGGACACCAUUCAAGAGGCAAUACGAAUAAGUUCUACAUGCUGGAUUCAAGGUCCACGGAUCGAGUAUUACACUGGGAAAGAAUUGACUGCCAAGGAGUUCCUCCAUCAUCAAAGGACAAACUCGGUGUCUGGGUAUAUAAAAACAAGUUAAUAUUUUUUGGAGGGUAUGGAUAUUUACCUGAAGAUAAAGUAUUGGGAACUUUUGAAUUUGAUGAAACAUCUUUUUGGAAUUCAAGUCAUCCAAGAGGAUGGAAUGAUCAUGUACAUAUUUUAGACACUGAAACGUUUAUCUGGAGCCAGCCUAUAACUACUGGUAAACCACCUUCACCUCGUGCUGCCCAUGCCUGUGCAGCUGUUGGAAACAAAGGCUUUGUGUUUGGAGGCAGAUACCGAGAUGCUAGAAUGAAUGACCUUCACUAUCUUAAUCUGGAUACAUGGGAGUGGAAUGAACUAAUUCCACAAGGCAUAUGCCCAGUUGGCCGAUCUUGGCACUCACUAACACCAGUUUCUUCAGAUCAUCUCUUUCUCUUUGGAGGAUUUACCACUGAUAAACAGCCACUAAGUGAUGCCUGGACAUACUGCAUCAGUAAAAAUGAAUGGAUACAGUUUAAUCAUCCCCAUACUGAAAAACCAAGAUUAUGGCAUACAGCUUGUGCCAGUGAUGAAGGAGAAGUAAUUGUGUUUGGAGGGUGUGCCAAUAACCUUCUUGUCCAUCACAGAGCUGCACACAGUAACGAAAUACUUAUAUUUUCAGUUCAACCAAAAUCUCUUGUAAGGCUAAGUUUAGAAGCUGUCAUCUGCUUUAAAGAAAUGUUAGCCAACUCAUGGAACUGCCUUCCAAAACACUUACUUCACAGUGUUAAUCAGAGGUUUGGUAGUAACAACACUUCUGGAUCUUAAGGCUUCACAGAUAAUGCCUCUGAUCACUUGCAUGGACAGCAAUUCUGUAAACAUCAGAGUGAAAUCAUUUGUAUAAUUAUAUACACUGUUGUAGUUUGCAGCUUUUUAGUUUUAAUGUGCAUGUGAAUGGCCUAGAGAACCUAUUUUUGUGUCUAAAGUUUACAAUAAAUGUAUUUAACAGCAGAA